GUGGAACAAUUGUGGAAAUACGUCAUCCGAUUUCCUGUUAGGUCUUCCGUAGAAAACUCACGUGGAAUUCAACGGAUAAAGUUGAAUCUGUAUCGCAACACACAGCUAUCAAAAUGACACAAAGGGACGGAAUUGUAAAACCGAAAACCAAACGGUCCAAAAGAUUUCUUCAAAGCAGGGAAGCCAAACUAAUAGAAAAUGUUAAAAAUGCGAUGAUAAUGAAGGGUGGAAACACAAGUGAAACGGUCACACAAGCCCUGAAGGAUAUUUAUGCCCUGAAGAAACCAAAUGCUGUUAUGUACAAAAAGAAAAAUAUAACGCGGCCAUUUGAAGAUCAAACGUCAUUGGAAUUCUUUUCCAAGAAAUCCGAUUGCUCUUUGUUUUUAUUCGGCUCCCACAACAAGAAACGACCAAACAACCUAGUUUUUGGUCGCAUGUUUGAUUUCCAUGUAUUGGAUAUGAUUGAGCUUGGCAUUGAGAAAUUUGCUUCUCUUCAGGAAAUCAAGAAGAGCACGUGCCCAGAAGGUACCAAGCCACUGUUGGUGUUCGCUGGGGAGGCCUUUGACACUGAUAACGAGUACAAGCGUCUGCGGAGUGUUCUCACAGACUUCUUCAGAGGGCCGAAUGUAACUUCCGUGCGCCUGGCUGGCCUGGAGCACCUGCUGCACUUCACUGCUCUCGAGGGGAAGAUCUACAUGCGCAGUUACAAAGUUCUUCUGAAGAAAUCGGGGUGUCGGACACCGAGGAUUGAGCUGGAGGAGAUGGGCCCAUCAUUUGAUUUCACCCUGAGGAGAACACACCUUGCCUCUGACGACCUGUGCAAGGCUGCACACCGGCAACCCAAGGCCCUGAAGCCUAAGAAGAAGAAGAACAUUUCCCAUGAUGCCUUUGGCACCAAGCUUGGACGACUGCACAUGCAGAAGCAGAACCUGGCGAAGCUGCAGACACGCAAGAUGAAGGGUCUGAGGAAGAGAAAAGGGGAUAUUGUUGAGGGAGAGGAGGAGGCGUCUCUGAAAAAAACCAAAACGGAUGAGUGAAGGCAGAUCAGGCCUCCAUAUUUGGUCGGUUUGAUGAAGUCUUUACAAAAAUGCUGCAUAUUUGACUGUGAAAUGUGGUACUUCUGGUAGAAUCAGUCUUUCAGAUUUCUCAUUAAUUCGUUGUAACGGUCUGAGCAUUGAUUUUCACUUAUUUUGAUCAUAUCCUUGUAGAUUUGGUGCAUGAGUUGCUCAAUCAAUUUCAUACUUUCCACUCAAGUCCCAAACGCUUUAAAAAAAUGUUUUAAAGUGCUCAGCCAUCCUCAAACGGACAACCAAUAAAUUGCACUGCAAUGGUUGCAUUAGCAAUAAAUUGCCGAAUAGCUACUGGUUAAUAACCAAGUUAAUCAAACACUGUCUGAAUGAUAAAUGUACGUGUAAGCAUGUAUAGAUUUUAAUCGUAUAUUCCCCUAAAUAUAACGAGUGUAUCAGAAUUGUGUUUUAUUGGAAUACCUAAAACAUUGUAUUCGCAAUGUAUUUUUUGAUGCAGGAAUAUCGGAAUAUGACGAUGUGUAAUUGCACGCGCUGAUGUGCGUCCACGGUAUGCUGAAUGUCUGUCACUCAUUGAAUUGCACUGCAAAAACACAAA